AUGUUAUUCAUUGUUAUUUUUAUUGGCUUUUAUGCAAGUACUGCUGAACUUGUAUCUUCUAUCCCAUGUGAAUAUAUUACUGAUGAAAAACUUCAAUGUCGACAAACAUCUUUCAUUGACAGUAAUAUUCCAUUAAAUAAUAAAUCGAUUUAUUCUCAUAUAACAAAUAUUGAAUGGAUUGAAUCAGGUGCAUAUAUUUUAUCCGAUGAUCUUUUUCAUUUAUUUUCAAAUCUUAAACAAGUUUCAUUACGUUCAAAUGCCAUAACAUCGUUAUCGAAUUUACCAUUUUGGCAAAAUUUAAAACACAUUAAUUAUCUUGAUUUAUCACAAAAUCGUUUAGUCUCAAUAACAAAUCGUGAUUUUCAAUCAUUUCAUAAUUUAGUAUCAUUAAAUAUUUCAUAUAAUUUCCUAACAACAAUUGAACCUAUUUGGUUUUUCAUACCAUUACAUACAAUUGAUUUAUCACAGAAUGGUAUUAAUACACUGGGUUAUACGAGACUUCAAAAUAGUACACCGGAAUUAAAUUCAUGCGUAUUAGAUCGAGUCUAUUUAAAUGAUAAUCGUGGCCUUCUAUCAUUUACACAAUUACAUACAACGAUAGUUAAUGCUUGCCCAUUUCUUGAUCGUUUUCAAUUAAUGAAUAACCAUUGGCAUUGUACUUGUAGUGACAUUAUAAAUUCACUUAAACAUUACCGAUCAUUGAGUCUCAUCGAUGAUUCUUCUCUAACUUUAACUGGUCAAUGUGAAACACCCCUAUCAUUUCGUUAUAUUGAUAUACAAAAAAUUACUGAAGAAUUAGUAUGUAAUCAAUUUGCACUAUUCGAUUCAAUAUUUAAUGAUGAACCAUCACAAACAUCAUCAUCACCAUCAUCAUCAUUUAGUUUUUCUCGGCAAAUAAUGUUUUUAUUUUUCCUGGGUUGUAUUCUUGGUUUGAUUUUUGGUUUAUGUCUACGUUACUGUGCUCGGCGUUGUCGCGAUAUCAUUCUUAUUAUGCUCUAUAAAUGUACAAGACAAAAAGUAGUCAAUGAACGACAUGCCAACGAAUCUAUUCAUAUGACAGAUACUAAUCUUAAUCCAAAUCAAUUUAUUUAUUGUUCAACUCUUGAAUCUGAUUCAUUGCCAAGUUAUGCUCAAGUAAUGAAUGAUAUUUUUUUUUUAGAUGUUACUACUCGAUCACAACAAAGUGAAAUCGAUGGUGAUUGUUAG